AGGUUUUUUUAGUUGUCUAUCACCAUUUCUAAAACUUCUCAUUUAUUUUUCUAAAUUUUUUUUGCAUAGAAAUUAAAUAAUUUUAUUAAAUAAAUAUAAAUAUUUUUAUAUAAAAAAUACCAACCAAAUUUUUUUUUUCAUUCAUCUUAUUUUGACUUGGUAAAUAAAAGACCAUGAAAAAUGAUGAAUUUUUAUUUGAUUGUCUUUUAAAGGAAAUAAUAAUAAAUUUAUAUUGAAAUUUCUAUAUUCUUAAAUUUCUUAAUUUUUACUCGAAAAAUGGUCUCAUCCAAGUAACAAAAGAUGUGAUACAACAGAACCAUGUCGUUUUCUCAUUCCCAGUCGACACAACUCCUGAGCAGGUUGGCACAGCUGCACUGUCGCCUAUCUUGUUCACGAUGCCUCUCAAAUGGGUUUUUCAUUGGCAACCCAAUGCCGGAACAACGGUCAACAGUCAAAUGAUCAACGAAGUUUCACAGUGCGUCGAGAGCAUCAAUGGCGUCAAAGAAGGAAGGUGGAAGGCUACUCUCACUUUCUACAAACCCAUGUUUCGAGAUCAGGCAGUUCCUGCAGAAUACCCCCGUGAUUUUCUUGGGAUUUCGCUCCCGGAACAGCCCAACCGGUACUACUUUAUAAUUCGCAGCCAGAAGAUAGUGCUCGAAGCUGAUUCAUCAAUUCAGAUGAUAAUGGAGAAAUUGCAAUCUUACAAAUCGAGGGUGUCGCUUACUUUCGAGGGAUUUCAGUAUCAACUCGGUGACUUCCAAUUACGAGUUGGUAAAGUUGCUCCAAGCGCCUCUGAGAAUUUGAGGGGAAUAGUUUUUGAGGUGGAGUAUCUGCCCCUUUCUUCAAUGGAAAAAUCCCGGCAAAUCUUGGAUGGGUUUGUUGAAAUAUGGCAAGAAGCCAUGUCGAAAAGGUCAUUACCAGGUCAUUUUAUGCAUAUAGAACCAAACUUUGCAGAGUUUGGCCUCUCAGACCACUACACUUCGCAACACACAGCUGUUCAGUAUGCUACUGUCAUGGCUCAACUCAUCUCGGCAGUCCAAACAGCUCAGGGAGUGAGAAAUUAGCUACUUAUAAAAAAAUUCACUCUCUGUAUGUGCUUGUAUCAUUGGUUUAUUGGAAUCCUACUCUGUUUGAAACUAAUUUUCCUAGACUGUAACAUUCUUUUCAAUUCCAGAAGAUAGCAUGGUGGGAAUGAGUAAAACGGGGUGGCCUCAACAUUUUAGAGAACCAAACAGAUGUGAGAUUGCAACAGGCCCAAAGUUGGCUCUCUUUUUUGUACAAGCCAAAAUUUUCUA